CCUAUGUGACGUAUUUCCCUUUUCGCAUGCCUCUUGGAUUGAAUGUGGCUUGGAGCUAUCAUUUGAGUCACAUAUAAUCUUUUAUUCCAGCUUUAACAUGUUUAAAAUCGAGGGACUUGGGCCGAAGAUGGACCCGGAAGAGAUGAAGAAGAAAAUGCGCGAGGAUGUCAUCACGUCUGUUCGCAACUUUCUAAUUUAUGUUGCGCUUCUGCGACUCACACCCUAUGUUUUGAAGAAGCUUGACAGCAUAUGAAACUUCACCAUGGACAGAAACAUUCCCUGUACAGAUGAGCAUGCAGGACCUGGACGACGCUGCACAGUCACUUACAACGGCAGUUACAGUUUAAUGAUGAGAUACUGUAACUUCAUGUUCUUUUUUUUUUACUAGUUGCAAUUGAAUGUACUUAAAUUUGUUCUCAUCCAAUCUCAAUUGCAUACAAGAGAUGUCUACCAGAAUGUUGGCAUGUUCACUAAGGUCUAAGCAAUAAAUCUUUCCGUUAUUCCCUUUGACAGAGUUGUUGAAACUUGAACUUGGAUCAUAAAGCAGAGAUUUAUACGAUUUGCU